AUGAACUCAACAGGUGCCCCACAACUCCUGGCAAGAGACACGUUCUCUACAGCCUUCGCCAAGAACUUCAUCGUGGUCCUGGUGUGGUUCCUUCUCAGCUACAUCAACGGUACCGUGGUGGUCACUUUCUUCAGGCACCACAUCUUUUACGAAGACCCCCGCUAUAUUCUUUUCAUUCACAUGGUCAUUAAUGACGCGGUGCAACUGACUGUAACCAUUGCACUGUUUGUGGUUAGUUACACUUUGUAUACCAUUAGCGUAAGCGUGUGUUGUUUUUUCAUCCUGGUGGCUGUGUUCACCACCCGCAGCACACCUGUCAAUCUGGCAGGCAUGGCCAUCGAACGCUACAUCGCCAUCUGCCAUCCACUCCACCACGCUCAGGUCUGCACCGUGCGCCGUGCUUACAUAUUAAUAGGGGUGAUUUGGUUUGUAUCCGUGGUCCCUGACAUCACAGACCUGUUUGUGACUUUAGCCAUAGAACCUCUUAGUUUUUUUCAAACCACUGUCUUUUGUCUCAGGCCUAAUGUGUUCAAAGACCCGGUGUUGCUUUAUAAACGGCAGGCCUUCGAUGGGAUUUACUUCUCGCUGGUUUUCCUGACGCUGCUGAGCACGUAUCUGCGGAUCAUGUGCACCCCUCGUGCCCUCUCCACCGAGAGAAACUCAGCCAAACGUGCCACCAACAUCAUCUUGCUCCACGGGGUACAGUUAAUAAUGUGCAUGCUCGCGUACGUCUCGCCCAGCGUGGAGACCGUGCUGCACAUCAUCUUCCCGGGACGUAUCCUUGAAAUCCGUUUUGCCAACUAUCUUAUUGUCUAUAUCCUCCCUCGCUUUUUGAGUCCGAUUAUAUACGGAGUCCGGGAUAAAAAGUUUCGGAAAUAUCUGAAAAGGUAUUUUGUGUGUAACCGGCAUCAAGUAGACACGAAAGCAGAAUGUAAGAAUGAAGACGAAUAA